AUGGUAGCGGUGGUAAUGCUAGCGGUGGUGGUGGUGCUGUCGGCGGUGAUGUUGGUGGUGAUCGUGGUGGUGAUGGUGAUCGUGGUGGUGGUGCUGUCGGCGGUGAUGUUGGUGGUGAUGGUGAUCGUGGUGGUGAUGGUGAUCGUGGUGGUGAUGGGUCCCCAAGAUACCAUAUAUGAUGCCAUAAUCAUGGCGUCGGCCAACUCAGAGCCUACCAGAGCUCUGUUAGCUGACAAUCGCGAGUUUUUGGCAAAUGUUAGCAAAAUUGUGGGCAGAAAUAUUACCGACAUUUACGAAGUGUUUCGACUUUACCAAGUUUUAUACGCUGAGCGCAAACGCGGCUAUCGGUGGUCAGAAUUUUACUUAAUGUCCGCCAAAUACGAGUCUCAAGUGUUGGACAAAGUGACUGAAUUGGCGUUGUAUGGCCUCAAUGACUGGUUUAGCAGCACAGCAAUCAAACGGCUCAGAGCGGGUCCACUCGUGGCUGAGUUGCUUAAGAAUUUCAAUAAUAAGAUUAAAGUCUAUAACAAGAGCGAAGAUCAGCGGUUCCCAAAGCUGUUCCACUACACGACCCAUGAAAUUAUGAUAAUAUGUCUAAUGCAGGCGUUGGGUAUCUAUAAUAAACAGGUCGUACCCUUCGGUGGCGCACUGUUUCUUGAGUUGCAUUAUAAGUCUGACCAGUAUUUUGUACGCAUUUAUUACAAUAACUUUACCUUUUGGGGCAAUUACGGCACACAUUUGCUCCCAAUGUCGGGAUGCGGCGGUGGAGACGACUGUCCGUUCAAUAAGUACAAGAAUUUGUCUCAACAACUAAUACCCGAUGAUUGGGAUAAAGAGUGCGGCCUUCGGGACAAAGAAGUGGUCGCUAUUAAUAACAAUAGGCGUAAGAAUUUGUUGGAAAGAAUUCAUAAGAAGUUCAGGAAUAAUGGCAAACAAGUCGUCGUUGGCGCACAGGAUAUGUCAAUCCUAACGCAAUUAAUGACACAAUCACAAAAACACGACACAUCUGACCUAAAACUGGUACAAAUAGUUCACCGCAACGGAGACACAAAUGUCAAGUCUGGUUACCGGUACCCAAACGACCCGUUUGCCAAUAAUCCCGACAAAUACGCUCCGGAAGGCGAGUCUCAGCUAUACAUUACCGGUAAAUAUCGUAUGUUUAGAUUGGGACAAAUUAUACGGCAAAUGUACGAUCAAUACCUGGGUUCAAACUACAGCGCUUGGGAAGUGUACUCUCGGAGUUCGGGUCGGAAGCGGUGCCUGGAGUCGGCAGCCCUGGUGCUGGCCGGUGCCUAUCCGCCCAACGCUACACAAUUGCAGUGGGAUAGGGGUCAUGAGGACGCCAGUGGCUCCGAGUUGGGCCACUUAUGGCAACCAAUACCCAUAUAUACCUACCCCCUGGAGAGUGUGAACGAAGAUAUUUUGCUCAGACAUAUGAAACAUUGCCCUACAGUUGAGACGAUCGACAACUCGUCGGCCAACUCCGAGUCCACCCGAGCUUUAUUGGCUCAAAAUCGUGAGUUUUUGGCCAAUAUUAGCGCAAUUGUGGGCGAAAAUAUUACCGACAUCGACGAUGUGGCCAAACUUUACGAUGUGUUAUACGCUGAGCAUAAACGCGGCUAUCGGUGGUCAGACUUUCACCUAAUGUCCGCCAAAUACGAGACUCAAAUGUUGGCCAAAGUGACCGAAUUGGCGUUAUAUCGCUUCGUUGAUCAGUUUAACAGCACAGAAGUUAAACGGCUCAGAAUGGGUCCACUCGUGGCUGAGUUGCUCAAGAAUUUCAAUAAUAAAAUUAGAGUUUAUAACACGAGCGAAGAUCAAUGGUUCCCAAAGCUGUUCCACUACACGACCCACGAGUAUAUGAUGUUAGGUCUGAUGCAGGCGUUGGGUGUUUAUAAUAAACAGGUCGUACCCUUCGGUGGCGCACUGUUUCUUGAGUUGCACCACAAGUCUGACCAGUAUUUUGUGCGCAUUUUCUACAAUAACUUUACCUUUUGGGGCGAUUUUGGCACAAAUUUGCUGCCAAUGUCGGGAUGCGGUGGUGGAGACGACUGUCCCUUCAAUAAGUAUAAGGAUUUGUCUCAACAGCUAAUACCCGAUGAUUGGGAGAAAGAGUGCGGUCUGCGGGACAAAGAAGUGGUCGCUAUUAAUAACAAUAGGCGUAUUUUAAUGAAUGGCGCCAACGGAACCACUCUAGAUGAUUUGAUACAAUUUCUGAAAUAUAAUCACACAAAUGAUAACGAAUCGGAUUUAAAGGCUAUAAACGCAGGCUUUCAGGUAAUUAGUGAUAAAUAUGGGACAAAUGUGGCCGAAGACCAGAAGCACACGUCUCGUAAUCAUGUGUUAAAUGUAGCAAAUCGUGUGAUAAAUAGUAAAAAAAUUGUUUUAUUGGAUGAUUUUGUCAUCACUGCGUCCGAGUCUUACGGAGCGGAAGUACAGGCGGUCGACAUCGCCAACAAUGCCGUCAAAGAGACCGCAUAUGUGAAUGAAUGGGUCAAAAGACACACCAAUAAUAAGAUAAAAAAGAUUUUUGAUAAGAUUGACGACAAGACAACACUUAUUAUACUGAAUGCCAUCUAUUUUAAAGGUAUUUUAAUUUAUAGCAAACAUUUAUUUAAC